AUGAAUCGAAAAACACUGAUCAAUGAUUCCAAUGAAGUGUCCAGGAAGCUGAAUAGUCUCAGAUCAGGAAGGAAAGAAUGUCUUUCGCUGAUCCAGUCUUCGAGUUAUAAAAAUAACACUCCAAGUUCGUCUUCAUAUCAACGUUCAAGUCCUUAUACAAGAAAACGUUGCCAACAGGAGAACCUGCCAAUUCGUGAUCAAAAAAGGAGGAAAAGCCUUGAUUUGAUGGCUGCAUCCUUAUCAUCCUCAAUGUAUACAUCACCAACAACCCUUUCUUCCACAUCUUCUUCUUCUUCUUCAACUUCCUCAUUAUCCUCAUAUACCCGAUCCACAAUUCCAAUAAUUACUCCUGAUUUGGUGGAACAACUGAGUCGAGAGAUAAUUUAUAGUGUUUUCCAUGCUGCAGCUGCAAUAUCAACAAAUGCAGAAGAGUAUACUUAUAAUGUCAGCAAUAUGUUGCUGCAGUACAUGAAUGACGUGUCGCCAUCGUCAGAAGCAUGCUCCACCAGCUCAUCAGCUUAUCAUCGAGCAACCAAUAGUUCUGCCAAUUCGACAGCUUCAUCUGCAGCGGGAUCACACCAUCAUUCUGGAUUGACGGGGUCCUCUCGACCUGUUACGCAGACACGAGAACGAAAAAGUUAUACAACACAUAAUGGAAGAUCAGCGCCGAUGCGUAGUUUGUCUCCUGCUCAUCCGAGUGCAGUGAUGAGCGGAAUGGAUGAUCUAUUACGACCUGAACGAUUUGAUCGAAUCAUGCACAUGCCUCCACCUGCACAAUAUAUUCAAGAACAACACUCCUGGAAUCCGGAAGACCGAUCACUAAACAUUUUUGUAAAAGAUGAAGACAAAUUCACAUUCCACCGCCAUCCAGUUGCUCAGAGCACAGACUGUAUUCGUGGGAAAAUAGGUUACAGUCGUGGAUUCCAUGUAUGGCAGAUUGAGUGGCCAGAACGUCAACGAGGAACACAUGCUGUUGUUGGAGUUGCUACAAAAACAGCACCUUUACACGCUACAGGUUAUACUGCAUUAAUCGGAACAACGAAUGAAAGUUAUGGUUGGGAUAUCACGAGGCGAGAAUGUCAUCAUGAUUCAAAAAAUACAAUGACGUGGAGGUACCCAUUCAGUAACAGUCGAGAUGUCUAUCACGUCCCAGACAAGUUUUACUGCAUUUUGGACAUGGAUGAAGGAUAUAUGGCAUUUGCUACUGAUGAAGAAUAUCUGGGAGUUGCUUUUCGAAAUUUGAAAGGGAAGACGUUGUAUCCAAUCGUUGCUGCAGUAUGGGGACAUUGUGAGAUCAGUAUGCGAUAUCUUGGAUCCCUUGAACGUGAGCUCAUUUCUUUCGAUUCUCCACCUUCAACAUCUCGACGACUUCCAAUGAGAUCAUCACUGCCUCACCACCGCCGCCCCUCUCCUCCACGCCCACUUUUUCACUCUCCAGCUUAUAAACCCCCACCUAGAACUAGAUAUCCCUCCAAUUCUCCUGCCGCACUGAGAGCCGCUGACGCACAAUCUCCUGUUUUACCUUUUUCUCCAUUUUCUGAUCUUGCGAAAAUAUUCUCUUUUUAUGAUCUUCAGGCUGGCGGAGCUUCUAGUUCCUCUAGUUCUUACUCACUUUUCGAACCACCGGCCGAAUGGCAAAAGUUUGACGAUGAAUGUUCAAACGAGUCACCCAGACGUGAUCCUUCGUUUGAUGGAUCAAUUGUUCUGGAUGAAACACCUUGUGCAUCUUCGUAUCAAUCUCUUUAUCUACCAGCUCCUCCAUCAGUAAGAGCACCUAGCGAGCUUUUCGGACCGCCAUUAACUCCCGGUGAUUCGCAAAUGCAAGCUGACGGCUCAGAGCUGGCCGAGCCUCUAUCAUUGUCCGAAUUGUGUCGACGUCGAGUACGAAUUCAAUUGGGACCACAACCUGAAGAAAGUAUCGAGGAGCUGAUGAUUCCACCGAUUCUCAAGCGAUACCUGAUGUAUCAAUACUGA